AAUAGUGAAACAGCAUCACAUGCCCCGAGUACAUGUGAUAACGUUAUGAACUGCAUGUAUAUUUUUUUCAUCGCACCAGUUCAGUGUUCAGAAAGAUUCGAUUCCCCGUAGCCAGGUCACAUGUCCGUUCGGGAAUAAUGGCAGCACAGGAGCCCUCACCACCAUCUUCAUUAGAAGGCAACAAACCAGGUUUCCCCAAGAAAAUUUUGGCCAACAAGGUUGAAGACAAGCAUUUGUGUAACAUCUGUCAGAAAAUUUUUAGGAGACCGUGUCAAGCCCAGUGCGGACAUCGUUUUUGUUCAUAUUGUUUCAACAAAACAGUGAGUUCUGGACCACAAAAAUGCGCUGCCUGUAUAAAGGAAGAUAUAUUUGAGGAUCCCACGUCAAUUUUAAAACAAGGAUGCGCUUUUCCCGAUAACGCUGCCAAAAGAGAGGUCGAAGCCUUAGAUGCUGUCUGCCCCAAUGAGGGCUGCAAUUGGACAGGAACUAUCAAAGAAUAUGAGCUCAACCAUGAAGGAAAGUGUGAUUUUAUGAUCCUUCCAUGUCCAUCCUGUAAAGAACUCUUAAGGGCAAAUGAGUUGGAACGUCACAACGAAAGAGACUGCCCCGAAAGAACUUUAAACUGCAAAUACUGCAAAGAACCGUUCCAGCUAAAAAAUAUAAAGGCUCAUGAUGAAAUCUGUCCAAAAUACCCAAUGAUCUGUGAAGGUUGCGCCAAGAAAAAAAUUCCCAGAGAGAAGUAUGUGGACCACAUUAAGCUCUGCAGUAAGUUCAGAACUCCUUGCAGAUUCCAUGUGGUGGGAUGUGACAUGUCGGUGGAAAAGGAAAAAAUCCACGACCAUGAGCGGGCCUGUUCUUACGAACACCUCAACUUACUUCUGCACUUCAUUAUGGGCCUAAAACUUCAACUUCACAGCGAGAAGACCAAAGUGGCCGAGUUGAGUCGCCGCGUCCAGGAACUGGAGCUGAAGGUGGGAACGUUCGAGAACAUCGUUUGCGUGCUGAACCGUGAGAUGGAACGUGCCGCCACCACCAUGGAGGCCUAUAACCGGCAGCACCGACUUGAUCAGGAUAAGAUUGAGAUUCUCAGCAACAAGGUGCGUCAGUUGGAGAGGACUGUGGGCCUUAGGGAUUUGUCCAUCGUGGAGAUGGAGGGGAAGAUGAGGGAGAUGUCUGCUGCCACGUAUGAUGGCGUCUUUGUGUGGAAGAUCUCAGACUUCUCCAAGAAGAGACAGGAUGCUGUUGCUGGACGCGCACCUGCGAUGUUUUCUCCUGCUUUUUAUACCAGCAAAUACGGCUACAAGAUGUGUUUGCGCAUCUAUCUGAACGGGGACGGGACGGGCCGUGGCACUCACUUGUCUCUGUUCUUCGUGGUCAUGAGGGGACACAGCGAUGCUUUGCUCAAAUGGCCUUUUAAUCAGAAGGUGACCCUGAUGCUGCUGGACCAGAGCAGCAGGGAGCACAUAAUCGAUGCCUUCCGCCCCGACAUUUCCUCCUCAUCUUUUCAGAGGCCCGUCAGUGACAUGAACAUUGCUAGCGGUUGCCCGCUCUUCUGUCCGCUGUCCAAACUUGACUCCAAGAACUCCUACAUUCGCGACGACACCAUCUUCAUCAAGGCCAUUGUAGACCUCACAGGGCUCUGAAAGCCCGUCUGGUGUCCGCUCCCAUCCGCCUGUUAACCCUCAACCUCAGGGGGUGAUGUUUCAGAGGACGAGACCUUGACUCCUCUCGGAGCCCUCGAUGUGGUCCAAAAAGAGGUGACUCUUGAUUGUUUUUUGGUGGUCUCGACGCUACCUGGCCACAUUAAUGUUGCUAACCAAAAUU